GGCUGGGUUCGGAACCUCCUGCUUGCUAUUGCCCGGUCCCCUCCCGGGUAGGCUCUUUCCUUUCAAGCAAAGUACAUUAGAGGAGAUCAAUAAAUUAAGACCGGCAUGGCAAGCAUAUUGAAAACAGUGGUGACGAGCUACUCAAGUCCUCUCCUCAUUAAUUUGGGAUCCUUUAAGGUGCUACCUGGGAAGACAGAAAUUUUAAGAACCUUUCACACCAAUCAGACACUGUGGUGUAAAGCACCUGUAAAACCAGGAAUUCCAUAUAAACAACUGACUGUGGGAGUACCCAAGGAGAUUUUCCAAAAUGAGAAGAGAGUGGCUUUGUCACCAGCUGGUGUUCAGGCCUUGGUUAAACAGGGUUUUAAUGUGGUGGUGGAAUCUGGUGCAGGUGAAGCCUCCAAGUUUUCUGAUGAUCACUACAAAGCUGCUGGAGCUCUAAUCCAAGGGACUCAGGAAGUAUUAGCAUCUGAUUUAGUUGUCAAAGUUAGAGCUCCCAUGCUAAACCCUGCAUUAGGCACCCAUGAGGCUGAUCUUUUAAAGAAAUCUGGCACACUGAUUAGUUUUAUCUACCCAGCUCAAAAUCCAGACUUGCUGAGCAAACUUUCUGAAAGAAAAACUACUGUUCUGGCAAUGGACCAGGUUCCAAGAGUCACCAUUGCUCAGGGAUAUGAUGCUCUUAGCUCAAUGGCCAACAUUGCAGGUUACAAGGCUGUUGUCCUAGCAGCAAAUCAUUUUGGACGUUUUUUCACUGGCCAGAUCACAGCAGCUGGAAAAGUUCCUCCAGCUAAGAUUCUUAUCAUUGGUGGUGGAGUAGCUGGGCUUGCUUCUGCUGGAGCUGCUAAGGCCAUGGGUGCAAUUGUUCGAGGAUUUGAUACCAGAGCUGCAGCUUUGGAGCAGUUUAAGUCUCUUGGGGCAGAGCCUUUGGAAGUAGGCUUGAAAGAGUCAGGAGAAGGACAAGGAGGGUACGCCAAAGAAAUGUCCAAAGAGUUCAUUGAAGCAGAAAUGAAGCUAUUUGCCCAGCAAUGUAAAGAAGUUGAUAUUCUCAUUAGUACCGCCCUUAUUCCUGGUAAAAAAGCUCCAAUUUUGUUUACAAAAGAUAUGAUUGAAUCAAUGAAGGAAGGUUCAGUUGUUGUGGAUUUAGCAGCUGAAGCAGGAGGAAACUUUGAAACUACUAAGCCUGGAGAACUUUAUAUCCAUAAGGGAGUUACUCACAUUGGCUACACAGACCUUCCUAGUCGAAUGGCUACUCAGGCCAGUUCACUGUAUUCAAACAAUAUUAUCAAACUUCUGAAGGCAAUUAGUCCUGAUAAAGAUAAUUUCCAUUUUGAGGUGAAAGAUGACUUUGAUUUUGGCACAAUGGGUCAUGUCAUUAGGGGGACCGUGGUAAUGAAGGAUGGCAAGAAAAUUUUCCCAGCACCAACACCAAAAAAUAUUCCUCAGGGAGCCCCUGUAAAACCAAAGACAGUAGCUGAGAUUGAAGCUGAGAAAGCAGCUACUCUUACCCCAUUCCACAAGACCAUGACCACAGCAACUGCAUAUACAGCUGGUCUAACUAGUAUACUUGGUUUGGGCAUUAUAGCCCCCAAUUCAGCCUUUUCUCAGAUGGUGACCACUUUUGGAUUAGCUGGCAUUGUGGGCUACCACACAGUGUGGGGUGUCACUCCUGCUCUCCACUCACCACUGAUGUCUGUGACUAAUGCUAUCUCAGGUUUGACUGCAGUUGGAGGGUUGGCACUAAUGGGAGGACAACUCUAUCCUUCCAAUACUCCUCAGGGUCUUGCUGCACUUGCUGCUUUCAUAUCCUCUGUCAACAUUGCAGGUGGUUUCCUGGUGACCCAGAGGAUGCUGGACAUGUUCAAACGUCCGACUGAUCCCCCUGAAUACAAUUAUUUGUAUCUGCUCCCAGGUGGUACCUUUGUUGGGGGUUAUUUAGCUUCACUUUACAGUGGCUAUGACAUUGAACAGAUGAUGUAUCUGGGCUCAGGCCUAUGUUGUGUUGGUGCCCUGGCCGGUCUUUCCACACAAGGAACUGCUCGUCUUGGGAAUGCCUUGGGCAUGAUUGGUGUUGCUGGAGGUUUGGCAGCUACUCUGGGAAGUCUUAAUCCAAAUCCGGAAUUAUUAGCUCAGAUGUCUGGGGCAAUGACUCUGGGUGGAACCAUUGGUUUGACGAUUGCUAAGCGUAUCCAGAUUACUGAUUUACCUCAGUUAGUUGCCGCUUUCCACAGUUUGGUAGGUUUGGCGGCUAUGUUAACCUGUGUGGCAGAAUAUAUGGUUGAAUAUCCACAUUUUGCUGUGGAUCCAGCAGCAAACCUUACCAAGAUUGUGGCUUACCUGGGUACUUAUAUUGGUGGUGUGACUUUUAGCGGCUCCCUCAUUGCCUAUGGAAAAUUGCAGGGUAUAUUGAAAUCGGCCCCUCUCCUUCUACCUGGAAGGCAUUUGCUCAAUUUAGGCUUAUUGACUGCUAGUGCAGGUGGAUUAAUUCCCUACUUGCUUGAUCCCAGCUACACUAUGGGAAUUACCUGUCUAGGUUCUGUGUCUGCCCUCUCAGCUAUCAUGGGUGUGACUUUAACAGCUGCUAUUGGUGGUGCUGACAUGCCUGUAGUCAUCACUGUACUGAAUAGCUACUCAGGGUGGGCUCUGUGUGCUGAAGGUUUCCUUCUCAACAACAACUUGCUUACUAUUGUGGGUGCUCUGAUUGGCUCCUCUGGUGCUAUCCUCUCCUACAUCAUGUGUGUGGCCAUGAAUCGUUCCCUGGCUAAUGUGAUCCUUGGAGGCUAUGGCACUACUUCAACUGCUGGUGGGAAACCUAUGGAAAUUUCUGGCUCACACACUGAAAUUAAUCUGGAUAAUGCUGUUGACUUGAUAAAAGAAGCCAAUAGCAUCAUCAUUACUCCAGGCUAUGGUCUUUGUGCAGCCAAAGCUCAAUAUCCUAUAGCUGAUUUGGUAAAGAUGCUUACUGAACAAGGCAAGAAGGUCAGGUUUGGAAUCCAUCCAGUUGCAGGCCGAAUGCCUGGUCAGCUGAAUGUUCUUCUAGCUGAAGCUGGGGUCCCGUAUGAUAUUGUACUAGAAAUGGAUGAAAUCAAUCACGAUUUCCCAGAUACUGAUUUAGUCCUUGUAAUUGGCGCAAAUGACACUGUUAAUUCAGCAGCUCAAGAAGAUCCCAAUUCAAUCAUUGCCGGGAUGCCAGUUUUAGAAGUCUGGAAAUCAAAACAGGUAAUUGUUAUGAAGAGGUCUCUGGGAGUCGGCUAUGCUGCAGUGGAUAACCCAAUAUUCUACAAACCCAACACUUCCAUGCUUUUAGGAGAUGCCAAGAAGACUUGUGAUGCUCUACAGGCAAGAAUUAGGGAAUCCUAUCAGAAGUAGAUAUCAGGAACCAUUGUCUAAUACAGCUUCUUCUUCAACAGUAUAAACAGAAGGAUAUCUGUAAGGCAUAAAUCAACUUUUUAAGAAAGACAAGACUCUGAAAAAUACAAAUGAAAAGGACAGAUACCAUUCAAAUGUACUCAAGUGUCAUAGUUUUUAAAAGGAGCAUCAAAGAUCCUGUGUCUUUUUUGUGCGUAUAUUUGAUAUGAGUCAGAAGCAUUUCACAAAAAGAGAACAGCAUCAUUUUAGGAGAAAUCCGUUUGAAAAUUUUUUUCUCUUCACUUUUAGUAGCCACGGAUUUUUCAAGAACAAAAAAUGCAGUAUUUUUGGAAACUUCUAAGCACAUUAGACUAAAAAUAAACCAUACUGUAAACAUUGUAUGCACCUUGUAUUAUUCCAAACUCUUUGUUAAUCAAGUGUGAAUAAUUUAAAGCUUUAUCUGCUCUUGGGUUAUCCCCAACUAUAUCAAACUUCAUUUUUUCAAACUGUUGUUUCAAACCCUAAGUUUUGGGGUUAUUUUUGUAUAAUGUACUCAGUGGCUUAGCUAACUGAAAUUCUGGGAAACAUUAAAGUAAUUAACUUGCAUAUGUUUCAUUGGAAGUUAUAUGAGUUGAGUCACAAUGAAAUACACCUAUUUGAAAUCUGUUUUACUUUUAAAAUUGAACUCUCUUUAUAAUAUUAUAAGAACUCUUGAGUUCAUAUGGUAGGUUUAGUUGAAUACUUAAUCAAUUUAUGUUUUAUUUUUAUUAAGUGCACUUGAGUGGAAUUCAAAUAUUUGACUAAUAAAAUGAAUUUAUCGUGUUUGCAUAAUGAUUUAGCAACUGUUUCUGGUGAGAAAGGCUAAAUGCAGAUAGUUCUACUUGUGUUAGAAAGCAUUAACAUCUGGGGAAGACAUACUAUAAUGAAGUAAAUGAAGUGAAUUCAUCUUAGGUGUUUAUAAAAAUGAUUUUUCAAAUCAUUGUGUUGUGGGUUCUUGCAUUAUUGAUGACAUUUGAAAAAAAAAGUACCUUUUCACUACCUCUGUAUUUGUGCAAAUGCCAGUAAAAAGAAACUCACCCAAUCUUUUUGAAGCAGAAAUAUAGGUUAAUAUUUGAUUUUGUCUGCUGUGCCAAAAACUUUUUAUAUGCUUGACUCUGUGGCAAAAGUAUACAAACACUAAAAAUAUUUGUAUAAGUAAAAUUUGGGAUUAAUUUCCCUGUUCAGAACUCAGCUAUCUGAAAGAAAAAAAAGAUUUAAAAAAUCAUGUCUCACUUUGAAGGAUUUAUUGGUUAGGUAAACUGCUUAUGUUUCUAUGUACUGCAUUAAGCUCAGUUUUUUUUUCUGUGAAUAGGAAGGAAGGUACUCUUUCCUUUAUAUCUUAAGAAACAAAUGCAUUAUUGGUAAUGAAUCAGGUCUCAUUUUUAACCUCAACACUAUUUCAUUAUGAAAGAUCUAUUGAAAGAAUAAACAGUAUUGUCUUUCUGAUACCAUUUCAGUAUGGUGGGGAAGUAUAAAUUGAUAGAGCAGACACACCUAUUCUUUGGUGAUAACUGCUAUAGUCCGCUUAAACCAAAAGCAGCCAGAUUAUAUCUUGAAUUAUUAUUAUUUUUAUUAUUGCUGUUUGUAGUAGUCUUUUAACAAGUUUUGAUGAAAUUUCUAAUCAUCUCAUACUUCUGCUGCUUGGCAGUCCUUUAUCAUACACUUCAGUUAAGUGAAAAAUGAAAAUUAAACUCACAGUGAUUUUAUUUGAUUCGUUUUUGAGCGUAUUGCUUCUCUUAUUAGACUUCCACGAACUGGUGUUCUUAAAUUUUGAAUUAUAGUAGAAAAUUUAAAAUAACCAAAUAAUUUUGUUUCCACCUAAGAAUAUUGACAUUAGCAGACAUUCUUUUUCACCCUCUCUAUUGUCUUAAAUUUCCUUUCUUAAAUAGUAAAGUACUUGUGUGCCUGUAUCGUUCACCAUAUUUUGGGCUACUUUUGCACAUGGUGCACAUCUCCUCAUUUCCUUCCUUGCCACUUCAUAUUCUGACACAACGAAAGAAUGACAAUAUUUUAUAUCUUGCUAUACCUCAGUAAGUCAUUGCUUUAGGAUACAUGCUGACAUUAAUGUAGUCUUUAGCUUUUAGUACCCAUGCUUCCAUUGUUUUUUUCUUUUCUGAUGAAGUGGACUAUUUGUUUUGAAAUCAGUCACCUUGCUAAACAUGCUUCCAAGAUGGUUUAAUAAAUGAUGCCUCAAUUUUU